AGAACUUUUCUAUGGCUGAGUGGCCACAGACUCCACCACGGUCCAAUCACAGCCUUCCUUCCGUCCUCUCCCAUUUCUUCCGUUUUUAGAUCUCUACACAGGAUAGAGAAAAUAAAAUAGAGAGCCAGGGGAGAGGAAUAGGUCGGUGUUCAGAUCCCUUCGUUCUUCUAGCGCGCGCGCGCUCUCUCUCGUCUCCCCCUCUCCCGUCCCCUUUCUUUUUUUAACUCUCGUUCCGUCUUUUUGCUCGCUUUUAUCCCAUCCAAAGAUAGCUCUUUUGCCUCUUUAUCCGCUUCUUCUCCUCGAAAGAUCGAUUUUUUGCCUCAUCUCUACUCGAUCGCUGCUCUCUGUUCCUUUACGCUGAUCGAAAACUCUCUGGUGGUGGGUGGUCCAGGGUUUUACAGGGGUUUGCGGUCUAGCAAUUUAUACAAGCCUCAUGUCAUAGAUACUCUCGAUCUCCAAGUUUCUUGCUUGUUCCGGGCUCUGCUCUUUUGGAUUCCAUGUGGAUUGGCUUCCACUCUCUUUGAUUCUUCUUGAAUUGGGGCAUCGGAUCUGAUGGCUAUGGCCAGCUCUAGGGUCCAUCUUUUGGGCUUCAAAUUCCGAUUUUGCUAGCUGUCGUCGUCGUCGUCGACGUCGUCGUCGUCUCUUUGCUUGUUUCCAAAAAAAAAAAUAAAAAAAGGGUGUUCUUGAAUUGGAGUAUUCUCCUCAAGCUUUCUCCUUUUCAGAUUCUCCUCGGUUUUGGAGGGGUAGGUAUCUGUUCUGAUUCCUUUCGGAAAACAAUAUAACUCGACCCGUUCCUUGUGCUGGAUUUGCCCUCUGUUUGCUCUACCAUCCCAAAAAUAGCCGUUCAAGUUUCGAAAGACCUGGAGAUGGUGACGAACUCCUGGAUGGAAGUUCUUCCUCCAACGACCCCGUACUUCCCCAACUCAAGUUGGCUUCUUGGCCCGAAGAGGAGCGGGAAUUGGACACAAGAGGAGAACAAGCUCUUCGAGGAUGCCCUGGCGCACUUCGACAGGGACACCCCUGAGCGAUGGGAGAUGGUGGCGGCCAUGAUCCCGGGGAAGUCGGUGCAGGAUAUCAUCACCCAUUACAAGGAUUUGGAGGACGACGUGAGCAAGAUAGAAUCUGGGCGGAUCCCAUUCCCUGGCUACAGCUCUUCGUCUUUUACGUUGGACUGGGAGAACAGCCAUGGGUAUGAAGGGUCAAAGCCAUCCUACUGCGUCGGUGCAAAGAGGUCAGGAGGAAGGCUCGAUCAGGAGAGGAAGAAAGGAGUCCCGUGGACUGAAGAGGAGCACAAGUUUUUUUUGCUGGGUCUCCAAAAAUAUGGGAAAGGGGAUUGGAGAAACAUAUCACGGAAUUUUGUCCUCACCAGGACACCUACCCAAGUGGCUAGCCAUGCGCAGAAGUAUUUCAUCAGGCUCAGUUCAGGUGGAAAAGAUAGGAGGAGGUCCAGCAUCCAUGACAUCACGACGGCCAACUUGCCGAGCAAUGGGCCUCCCUCGCCAUCUCAGUCAUCCGUGCUUUCGAUGCGAUCGAGUUCAGCUGUUAACACUGCAAUCUCUGACCAGUUCUCGGUGAUAGUUGAUUCGAAUCAGCCUAAUGAAGCAGCCAGUGUCUUUAGCCCAUCGGCACAUGGUAAUCAGUUUAUGCAGCCACCUUAUGAAGUUACUUCUUAUGGGAUGAAAUUACCAGCUCAAAGAGGCAAUCUUCAAGAUUCUAUGAUCAACGACCAAAACAUGCUAUUUCAAAUGCAUGCUCAUGGAUAACAAAAUGUAGAAUAUUAUGUCGUCCUGAGACAGUAAAUUGUCUAUGGACAUCUUUUGGGGUGGGCAGGGUGGAGUGUGGAGGGGAUGGGGUUACUCAGGUCAUUAAAUUCAGGACUUUGAGGAUGAAAUGGGAUGAUCAAGAAUGUGUUUUCGGUGCUGUCAAUCUGUCGAUACUCAUAUUUUCUUAGAUGGGCCUUACGAUUUUUUGUUUUCUUCUUUGUAGAAUUUGCCAUGUUCUAGGAUAUAGAACUCGAGAAUGUUCUAGCAACAAGGCAUUAAUUUGAUGUCGUCCGAUAGUCUUUAGCUUAGACUGCUCCGUACUUGUGCUGGUACCAUACCCCUUAUGAAAGGCUUCUCCUUGUCGAGCGCUCGGGUUCCAAGAGAUCCGCAAUUCCUGUUCGGGUGCUGGCCAGAAGAAAGCUAAUUUCAAAUUUGUGGAGUGUGCGCGUGCUUCAUGGUACGAUUUUUGAGGUGUGAAUUGAAGGCCAGAGUCUGCUUGCUUGUCUCUCCGAUGUUUUAAGCAGGUCCGUAUGUAAGCUGUUGUGAUGUAAAGAUCCAUGGACAAAUUAUUGCUAAUUAGCUUUCCAUGUUACUAUUUCUUAUUUCAUCUGUCAUAUGUAUUAUCUGUCAUAUAUAUUUGCAGUGGUCAUGGCUCAUUGACCCUUGCCUCAUUUCUUUGUAGUUUCAUAUCUAUGCAAUGCAUUCCUUUCUUUGGCUCUCUUGUAA